AAUUUUUGGUCUCAUUUUAAAGUUCCGAGGUCGAAGUUCACAGACAGUUCAAAAGUAAUUUCCACUUCAGGUGUUGUAUUUGGUUUUAUUUUAAAUCAAUAAUAUGUACAUUCACACCAGAGGGCCAAAGCUCUUCCUGCCCUCCCCUAGCACCUACCCCCACGUUGAAGGUACACUCCUGUUAGGAUAGCCACAACCUGCAAUUCCACUCGCUUCACUAGCAGACGGGGGGCCACCCCAACCAAAGCGCAUGUUGUCGGUUGGUGGUGCUGCCCGUUUUACAACACUAGCAAUCGAACUUUCAGGGUCAGGAUGGUACAUUAACGUCCUAAUUCACACCCCCACCCCACUUCCCAUCAUGGGAGGUGUUGGAAGUCCUCUUAAUAGGGUUUCUACAUUUAGUUUCCACCUCCAAAAUAGUUCACGAAGUAGCUAGGAUGAAGAUGUUUGCCUAGGAACAGUCCCCCUCACUGGCUGUGUUUUAGAAUCAUUUGUAUGAGCUACCCCAAGUAGUGCUAGGGAGUCGGUGGCUGCAUCUAUAAAACAGCAUGCCACUACAGACAUGUUGACCUGAGCCCAGGGGGUUAAAAUCAAUAAUAGGUUACAGUGUGACCUUUGAACAAAUGUUUGUUGGACCGGGGUGGUGAGGGAGUGAUAUUGGAAUAUUGGAACAAAUAUUUGUUGCGUGAGUAGGGGGUUGGAAGGUGGAGUGAUCUUGGAACAAAUGUUGGUUGGAGGAAGGGGAGGUGGACUGCUGAUUUCAAUUCAAUGAAGUAUUUUUUUAGUAAAUUUCUUUAUAAUUACAUAUAUAAAUUUUAUCAUCUUGAUAGGUGAGCUUGAUAAAUUUCAAGCCUCAAAGAAUGAAUCACAAGAAAACAAGGUAUUCUAUUUUUUAUAUAUAUAGAAAUCUUAGUAUAAAAAAAACAAAAAAACUUGGAGGUUGAUGUGGGGGCGCGGGGGGGGGGGGGGGGAAUUUAUACACGAAAUCUAAUUAAUAUAACCAGUAGUCACAAACUUGUCACUGAUAUAGCCAGUUGUCAACAACUUGUAAUUGAUAUAGCCAGUCAUCAUUGUGUCAAUAUAUAACCAGCUGCCACCAACUUGUCAUUGAUAUAACCAGUUGUCACAAACUUGUCAUGGUUAUAACAAGUUGUAAUUAAUUUGCCCUGGUUAUUUCCCGUCAUCCUUCAUCCUUAACUCUUCAUUGAUAUAACUGGUUGCUAUAAACUUUUUUGGGGUAUAAUUAUUUCACAUUACGUUUUGAUUGAUGUUACCACUGAAAUGUUUGUUUUUUCUUCAGAUUCAGUCUAAAAUCAAUAAAUGUCUACCACCAAUCAGUGCUGACUCUGCUGACCCAAGUACAACUCAUGCAGUACCAACACACACUUUGUUAAAGCAAGCCACCUCAGUGACCACUAUAAAGCACUCUCCCAUCGGAUUGACUCAUGCCAUUAAAACUUCAGCCCUUUCAACAGAUGAUAUGAAAAAACGUGAAGAAGAGAG